GACAGUCCUGAGCCAUCCAGAAAUCAACCAGCAACUGAAGCUCCACUGAUGAGGCCAAGCUAAUUCAAAGCUUUCUGCCAACCCCAGAAGCCAAGGCAUCCCCUCCGAGACCUCCUCACGUCUCUCCCUCCUUCGUCCACACACUCUAUCGCUCUCUAAGACCCGUCCUUGUCCAGAGCCGCCAUGCCUCCUCAGAUCAAGUCUCAGAAGCAGAACGGCCUCAGGGUCCUGCAGGGCGACCUUGGCACACUCAGCCCAGCCGUCAGGGAGUUCGUGGAGGCAAACUUGGCUCUGUGCCAGCCUGACGCCUUGCACAUCUGUGACGGCUCUGAUGAGGAGAACCACGCCAUCCUCGCCCAGCUCGAGGAGCAGGGCAUGAUCAAGAAGUUGACCAAAUAUGAAAACUGCUGGCUGGCGAGGACAGAUCCCAGAGAUGUGGCUCGUAUUGAGAGCAGGACAGUGAUCGUGACCUCGGAGCAGAGGGACACCGUGCCCACGCCGCUGGGUGGUGGAGUCAGCCAGCUGGGACGCUGGAUGUCCCAGGAAGAGUUGGACAAGGCCAUGUCUGAACGCUUCCCCGGCUGCAUGAAAGGCCGUACCAUGUAUGUGAUCCCCUACAGUAUGGGCCCGGUGGGAUCCCCGCUGUCCAAGAUAGGAGUGGAGCUGACGGACUCUCCCUAUGUGGUAGCCAGUAUGCGGGUGAUGACACGCAUGGGCAAGGCUGUCCUAUCUGCCCUGGGAGCUGGGGAGUUCGUCCGCUGUCUGCACUCCGUUGGUUGCCCCCUGCCACUCAAAAAGCCCCUUGUGAACAACUGGCCUUGUAACCCGGAGCAGACCUUGAUUGCCCACAUCCCAGACUGUCGGAAGAUCGUGUCCUUCGGUAGCGGCUACGGAGGAAACUCCCUGCUGGGGAAGAAAUGCUUUGCCCUUCGCAUCGCCUCCCGCAUCGCCAAGGAUGAGGGCUGGCUGGCCGAGCACAUGCUGAUCCUGGGCGUCACAAACCCGGCCGGGGAGAAGAAGUACAUGGCAGCUGCCUUCCCUAGUGCCUGUGGUAAAACCAAUCUGGCCAUGCUAUGCCCAACCCUGCCCGGCUGGAAGGUCGAAUGUGUGGGAGACGAUAUUGCCUGGAUGAAAUUUGAUGACCAAGGCAACCUUCGUGCCAUCAACCCGGAGAACGGCUUUUUCGGUGUUGCACCCGGCACCUCCAUCAAGACCAACCCCAAUGCAAUGGCAACCAUCAUUAAGAACACCAUAUUCACCAAUGUGGCAGAGACAAGUGAUGGGGGUGUGUACUGGGAGGGAAUGGACCUAUCACUGCCUCAGGGAGUCACCAUCACAUCCUGGAAGACCCAGACCUGGAGCCCGACAGAUGGUGAGCCCUGUGCCCACCCCAAUUCGCGGUUCUGUACCCCAGCAGACCAGUGCCCCAUCAUCGACCCUCUGUGGGAGUCCCCCGAAGGCGUGCCCAUUGAGGCCAUCAUCUUUGGAGGGCGCAGGCCUGAGGGUGUUCCUCUGGUAUAUGAGGCCUUCAGCUGGGAGCAUGGAGUGUUUGUCGGGGCAGCCAUGAGGUCAGAGUCCACAGCAGCAGCUGAACACAAAGGCAAGAUGAUCAUGCAUGACCCCUUCGCCAUGCGACCCUUCUUUGGCUAUAACUUCGGCCAAUACCUCUCACACUGGCUCAGCAUGGCUGACCGAAAGGACGCCAAACUCCCCAAGAUCUUCCACGUCAACUGGUUCCGUAAGAGCCCCACAUCUGGUUUCCUCUGGCCCGGUUUUGGCGAGAACAUCCGCGUCCUGGACUGGAUGUUCAGGAGGCUGAAAGGCGAGGCUGGCGCCAUGCCCUCCGCCGUGGGCUACAUGCCCUCCCAAGAGUCCCUGAACCUCCAGGGGAUGAAGGGAAACGUGGACCUGGAGGAGCUGUUCUCCCUGGAUCAGGAGUUCUGGCAAAAGGAGGUGGAGGCGGUGUGCAAGUACUUCGACACGCAGGUGAAUGACGAUCUGCCUAACAAGGUGGCCAAACAACUGGAGCUGCUGCAGCAGAGGGUGAACCAGAUGUAGAUGGGAAAAUAUCAUAGAAAAAGAAAUAAAGUCUGAGAGAGAGAGAGAGCAUGCCAGAGAGGUGUGUUGCUAGAUACAUCACGGUUACAAGACUAUUGGCCAGUAAGAGAAUACAUUGUGGAUUAUUCUAGAAUAAAACAUCUGUGAUUCCAGAUCAUAAUGUCAAUAAUGUAGGAUAGAAUACCAGUAAUACCCAAAAAUAAUGUUGGUAAUGCUAGUUUAUCUGGGGUAACUAAAAUGCAGAUGCUGCUAAUGAUGGACUCUGCUUUUCAGGGAAUUUUUGCCUUGGAGAACUUUCCAACGUUUCUAGUAGAGAAUAUUUUCUGACUGAUUGUAGUUUUUAUGAAUCUGUAGUGUAUUUGUUAAAUAGGAGCUCUCCUCUCUCCUUCAUAUCAGUUUUAUUUGGACAGGAAGUGUCCGUCUCAAAUCAACAAGAAAAAGAUGUAUGAAAGGAACAAAGCUUGUAGGAACCACAGAGUUUGCAAAUGUUCGAUGAUGGGGAGAAUGUUGCCCUGAAUAGGAUUUUAUUUUCCAUUGUGUCCAUUCUAGCUAUGUGAAAGCAACACGAUGCUUUAAUCCAGCUGUUUGAAAUGAGUGAUGCUUCUCACCUCUGUUAUUCCUAUACAUAUUCUCACCAUUCACACUGUCCUGUGUCGUAAGUCUGAUGUUAUUUAAAAGUAAGUUAUUGUGAACGCACAAAAUAUUUUCACUGCUGUGUGGAAUCAUAUGGCUGAUACUGUCAAAGAAAUGUAGUGGUCCAGGUUGUCAGUGUUGUCUGAGCCCUUUCAAAACAGACAUAAGUAGGUGUGUGGAGAAGGGGAUGUCUUUGUUUUCUGUGUCUAUUGUUAUUUUAUUGUUUAAUUUAUUUUUGUAUUAUGCCAGUUUUUAUCACUGGGUUCUGUUUCAUUGUAAUCUGAAGCCCCCGAAGAGAGAAAAUUUUAAUAAAACCGUUUUUAAACUUUA